UUUUUUAUGCAUGUAUUGUAUAAAUGAAGCUGAUAAGCAUAUGGGAGAAACAAUUGCAAACGUCCUUACUUCGGUUCCUUUCAUUGUUCUCGGUCUCCAAGCUCCAAGGAAGAACUUGAACUGCAAAAUAUAUGCAAAUUCAUUAAUCGGAGUGGGAGUUGCAUCAAGUGUGUAUCAUGCUUCACAAGGAAAAAUGAGGAAAUAUCUUAGAUGGGUUGAUUAUUCCAUGAUAGCUACAGCCACAGUGUGUCUUUCUAGGGCUAUAAGGAAUGAGAACUCAAAAGUGUUAAUGGCAGCAUCUGCUUUUCUUCUUCCUCUUCAGCCACUUAUGGUUUCUGCUCUUCAUACUGGGAUGAUGGAGGUGGCAUUUGCUAAAAGGGCUUUGAAAGAUCCAGAAUUGAGAAUGGUGCAUAAUGUGCAUAAGAUGUCUUCAUUGUUGGGAGGGGCUCUUUUCAUAGCUGAUGAUUUCUUCCCACAAACUCCAUUUCUUCAUGCUGCUUGGCAUCUUGCUGCAGCUGUUGGCAUUAGCACUUGCAACAAGCUUCUCCAAUAAUUUCAAUUUCAUUCUUUCUAUAAUCCCUACAA